GCUUGCGAGGGCAACGAGGAGUGGCGAAAAGAUCGCCAGGCCACGUCGCACAGCCCAGGCAACAUCAAGGCGAGCGUAGGUUACCAGCUUCGGUUUCCCGCCAGAUUCACCUUUCCAUUCAGUUCACAUCAAGGGAAGCAGCAGCCUAGCGAUCAUCGCCGUGUAGGUGAUAUUUUUAGGCCAACUGCUGGCACUGGUAGUAGUUAGUGGCUUGCACAUUCCUUGAGCUUUUUUCGUUUACAUGUGUUGCAAUUCCAGUUCUCGAACUGAUCGCGCAAGUCGUAGGGUCCCGCCUAUCGUGGCAGAGACUUCACUCCUUGUUUUCCGCUGUGUUUCGGCCGCGACUGACGAAGUUCAGCGCUUAGAAUCCGACCUCGUCGUCAUGGAAGCAGUAGGGUCGCGCAAUGGGGGGACUCCCGACAGCCCCGCCGUGGAAGUCUCGUCGUCAUGCAAUUCGCUUGUCCCAUCGAGCUCACUUAAUCUCCAAGUUCAAUCUUAAACUGCCACGUGGCAGCCGCAGCCUUCCGAUUAGACCCAACGGUGCAGGUAACUCUCUUUCCUUUCUGGGAAUUUUGGCGGGAAAGCACAUGGUCUACGAACUGCCUUUGAAAGGACAUCGUGAGGGUGCUCGGCCGCUCUGCCUUCCACGACACAUCCCUCUCCUGCGAUGGCUCCCUCGCAAACCUCGGCGGUUCCUGGAGCAAAUCGGUCGGGUGUGCGGUAAGUUUGGCUCUCGCAGAAACCAUUCCUAUAAUACCUCAGCGCUGAUUCGCAGCCGUAGUGCCAGCCAUGCUAUGGAGGACCUCGCACUGCUUGUCUCAGAGCCAUGUCUCAGUCACCACGUCGCAAUCGCCACGUUCGAUAUGGGAACAUUCCCGACCUAACACGGGGAAUUUUCUGUCGAGCAUGUCGAGGCUGGUAACGUGGUACCUACAGAGCUCAACUCAUGCUCGCCAGUUCGUAUGCCAGAGUUGUAUCAGGUGAACGAAUUCUCUCUGCAUUUUUCAAUGGACAGAUACAGCAUCAGUUGACGAUACUGCAGUUUUUCCAGCUCUACUCUACUGCCAUCAAGAAGACGCUGCUUACAUGAAACUAUUCUACUUGUUUGUUUGAGUUCCGUGCUAGUGUUACACCGGAUAUUCCCAUUCAACAUUCUCCAGUUUAUGCUAUCGCCUAUAG